UUGCAGUGAUCGAAGAUGAAGUAAGACCUUCUAGUGAUCGCGUCCCGUCAUAAUUCCUUACAAGAUACUACUUUCCUAGGUGGUUUCCCAUCUACAUGUAAUUCUCCUGGUACUCACGGCACAUAGUCCGUUUAUUUACCUUAAGACAUUCCGCAACCCCCACCACCGUACCUAGUCCGCCAAGCAACAUGUGAUUCGCGGCGUCAGCCAACACAAGCAAAUCUCAAGUUCGGAACAGCCUCAAACUUCAGCCGUGUCACCAACCUCAUCAGCACCUGCAACACCAAACGAAACCCAUAAGCCGUACAGAAAAUGACCGAUAUCAUGGCCCAGCCAUCCCAGCCUCAACCCGGCACAUCCUCUUCCUCCCAGCCCUUCGUCUCAAAAUGGGCGUCAAGAUACCGCGGGGCAACGGUAGAAGACCUCGACCCACCCGCGGCGCUAUCGCUCACACCCUCGGACUCCAUCUCGGCGGCGCUCCUGUCGGCCUUCGAGCGCGACUACACGCACCUGACCAUCGUCGAUUCGUCGACCCGCGCCCUGCUGGGCUACCUGUCGAUUCCGCACCUGCAGGCCCUACUCGACGGCGGGCGCGUCAGGCCCGAGGACGAGGUGCGCACGGCCAUGGUCCGCUUCCGCCGCAAGGGCGGCCACAAGUACAAGGUCAUUACCAUGGACACGCCGCUGGAGGAGCUGGAGGCCUUCUUUGAGGGGGCCGAGACCGGCGGGCAGAAGCAGGAUUUUGCCGUCAUCACGGAUCAGGCUAGGAGGUUUGUUCUGGGUGUGGCGACGAGGGGGGAUCUGGAGGAGUUUGUGAGGCGGCGGCCUGCGUGAGGCAGGGGAGUGGGGGUGGGGUGCAAUUGGUGCCUUGAGCCACAGCUAUCCUGAUCGAGGGCGGCGUUCGGUUGGAUGUUGGCAUUCUUAUAUGGCUUGGCCGCGGAUUGGGGGGGGGGUUCAUAGGGGCAUUCAACAUACAUGCACGGGUACUCAUGGCAGAGGUUUUGAUACCAGAAACGGCUGGGAGGCUCGGAUUCCCCUCGGAGCUCACGCGAGAGAUUUUUCCUGCUGUCAUCAUUCCUUCGGCGCAAAGGAAAAGGCGAAGUGA